AUGGAUCCAUCACUCAAGGUCAAAAGAUCGGCCCAUACCAUCUCUGUCCAACCAAAAGAAACUAUACUGACUGCGUUUCCCUAUUGGCCUCAUAGCUCUCUGCUGGAUUUCCUCAAAGGAGAGCCAAGAGUCUUGGGGGCUAUCCAGAUCCUGCUUGCCUUGAUCAUUAUGGGCGUUGGAACUAUAUUUGCAGUUAAUUACUUCCUUUUCUCCCAAAAAUUUCCACUUGUUUUCUGCACAGGAUAUACAUUCUGGGGAGCACUUAUUUUUAUUACUACAGGAUAUUUCACAGGACUCAACUGGGAUAAAAAACAUAUGGGGCAAAGCGUCAUGGCCAUGAAUGUGAUCAGUACUUUGGCUGCGGUGGCUGGGAUCACUCUCACCAUUAUCAGCUUUCAAUAUCAGCACCAUUACUGCAAGAUGCCUUCCCUCGAAGGAAUAUGUGUUAUAGGUAGAGUCCUUUACAAUGGAAUUUUGUCGGUCUUACUGAUCCUCAGCAUAGCAGAGCUCAGCAUCUCGGUGACUACAGCCUCCUUCAGAAGCAAGUGCUGGACCAAGUCAAAUGAGAUUGUCUUUUUCUUGCCUUUGGAUGUUACUCAAAAGAAUGAAUUAUCUACAACAGAAGAAGAUGCUAUAAUACAAUUUGACUUGCAAGAAGAGUGUUUCAAGGAUGAAUCAACAGCAAAGAUGCAACCUGUUUUCUUUGGAGGCUAUACUUUCUUCAAAUUAAGAGUCUCAAGAAAUCCCUUAACCAUCCAUCAUUCAGAAAAGAGAGGCAGUAAUAAUUGCUACUCAACUUCUUUAUCUGAGUCAGAUGAACAACAGACAAAUAUCCCUCCUUCUUUAAGACGUUACGAGACUGAUACUGAGCAGCAACCUUUGUCUGUCAUAUUAGAGAAAAGGCCCUCAGAAGAAAUUGGACACAAUGAACACAUAAAUGAUGAAGAUCUACAUUUUGCUAUCGAACAACCUCCAGAAAUGCAAACACAAUCAAUGCAGGCUAACUCCUUGACACCCGAAGUUUUUCCAUCCGAUUCUGUAAAAAGUCUUGAAGCAUUACCACAACCUGACUUGUCAUCUCAAGUUCUGUUAGUAAAAGCCCCGCUACCUGAAACCCCACCAUCCCAUGUUACACAGUCUCAUGACACAGAAACUGAAGAUAUGCCAUCCCAAGAGAUACCAUCUUCAAACACACCAUCCCAAGACAUGUCUUCACAAGAUAUGCCAUACCAAGAUAUACAAUUACAAAACAUGUCUUCCCAAGAAAAGCUUUCCCAAGUACAAGUUCUGCCGCCACUACAAGCUGUGCUAUUUGAAGCCCCAACAUUCUCGUCCCAUGACUUGGUAUCUGAAAAUAUGAUACCCCAAAGCACACAAUCCAAGGAUGUACAAUCUCAAAAUAUGCCUUCCCAAGAUAUGCUUUCCCGAGUACAAGUUCUGCCACAAUCCAUGCUAUAUGAAGCCCCAACAUUCUUGUCUUAUGAUUUGGUAUCCGAAGAUAUAGCAUCCCAAAACAUACAAUCCCCAAAAACACAAUCCAAGGACAUACAACCUCAAAACAUGCCUUCCCAAGAUAGGCUUUCCCGAGUACAAGUUCUGCCACAAUCCAUGCUAUAUGAAGCCCCAACAUUCUUUUCUCCUUCCCAAGAUAAGCUUUCCCAAGUACAAGUUCUGCCACAAGCCAUACUAUAUGAAGCCCCAACAUUCUUAUCUCAUGACUUGGUAUCUGAAGAUAUGUCACCCCAAAACACACAAUCCAAGGACAUACAAUCUCAAAACAUGCCUUCCCAAGAUAUGCUUUCCCGAGUACAAGUUCUGCCACAAUCCAUGCUAUAUGAAGCCCCAACAUUCUUGUCUCAUGAUUUGGUAUCUGAAGAUAUGUCACCCCAAAACACACAAUCCAAGGACAUACAAUCUCAAAACAUGCCUUCCCAAGAUAUGCUUUCCCGAGUACAAGUUCUGCCACAAUCCAUGCUAUAUGAAGCCCCAACAUUCUUGUCUCAUGAUUUGGUAUCUGAAGAUAUGUCACCCCAAAACACACAAUCCAAGGACAUACAAUCUCAAAACAUGCCUUCCCAAGAUAUGCUUUCCCGAGUACAAGUUCUGCCACAGUCCAUGCUAUAUGAAGCCCCAACAUUCUUUUCUCCUUCCCAAGAUAAGCUUUCCCAAGUACAAGUUCUGCCACAAGCCAUACUAUAUGAAGCCCCAACAUUCUUAUCUCAUGACUUGGUAUCUGAAGAUAUGUCACCCCAAAACACACAAUCCAAGGACAUACAAUCUCAAAACAUGCCUUCCCAAGAUAUGCUUUCCCGAGUACAAGUUCUGCCACAAUCCAUGCUAUAUGAAGCCCCAACAUUCUUGUCUCAUGAUUUGGUAUCUGAAGAUAUGUCACCCCAAAACACACAAUCCAAGGACAUACAAUCUCAAAACAUGCCUUCCCAAGAUAUGCUUUCCCGAGUACAAGUUCUGCCACAAUCCAUGCUAUAUGAAGCCCCAACAUUCUUGUCUUAUGAUUUGGUAUCUGAAGAGAUGUCACCCCCAAACAUACAAUCCCCAAACACACAAUCCAAGGACAUACAAUCUCAAAACAUGCCUUCUCAAGAUAGGCUUUCCCGAGUACAAGUUCUGCCACAAUCCAUGCUAUAUGAAGCCCCAACAUUCUUUUCUCCUUCCCAAGAUAAGCUUUCCCAAGUACAAGUUCUGCCACAAGCCAUACUAUAUGAAGCCCCAACAUUCUUGUCUCAUGACUUGGUAUCUGAAGAUAUGUCACCCCAAAACACACAAUCCAAAGACAUACAAUCUCAAAACAUGCCUUCCCAAGAUAUGCUUUCCCGAGUACAAGUUCUGCCACAAUCCAUGCUAUAUGAAGCCCCAACAUUCCAUGUCACACAAGACCUGUUAUCUGAAACCAUGCAAAUUGAAGCCCAAACAUUCCAUGCUAUGCAGGCCAUUAAUGUACAACACCUAGAACAGCAAUCCCUGGAUCUUCAACUUCAAAAUAUCCAACAUCAAGACCAGCAAUUUACAAGGGUAUCAUAUCAAGACCUUCAAUCAGAAGUCAAGUUACUGACCGAAGAAUGGAAAUUUAAGGAGAAACACCACCAAAUCAGGAAAUCCACCAAGCAGAUUUCCUUCGACCUGCAUAACAAACAUUCAAGAAAGAAAUCUAUGGACUUACCAACCCAAGACCAGCAACCCCCAAGGAAGAAAUCCUUAGACCAGCAAAUCAAAGGCUGGCUAUCCCAAAAGAGGCACUCCAUAGAUAAGCAAGAUAAGCAAGUUCAAGUUAAGCAAUUCUCAGAUCAGCAAACUGAAGACCAGCUGGCCCAAGGAAAGCAAUCCCUAAAGCAACAAUACCAAAACUUGCAAGGUGAAAACCAGCACGGCAAAGAGGAGAAAUCCCUUAAAAAACAAAUCCAAUUUCAACAAACUCAAGACCUGCAGGUUCAAGAGGAGAAAUCCUCAAAGCAGCUAGGUGAACAUCUGCAAUUCCAAAUUCAGAAACACCAAGACUGGCAAUCUUUAGGCCAACAAUCCCAAGACUGGGAAACUCAAGAAUGGAUAAACAAAGAUCAUAAAGCACAAGAAAGCAAUUUUGAAAUGAAACAUUCCAUAAAUUGGGAAUCCCACUCCACGCAAACCCAAGAUAUAUUAGAGAAAGAAUUCCUAAUGCAGAAAGUUAUAUUUAAAGAGACCAAAGCUUUGCACACCAUACCUCAACAUCACCUUGAUCAGCAAUUACAAGAUAAGAACCAACGAAACUUUCGAUGCACAGCUAUCAAAAAAGAAGAUAUGCAAAUAAACACUAGACCAACAAAAGACAAUAUGCAAAUAAGCACUAUACAAACAAAAGACAUCAGAUUGGUAGAAAUGAAAAGUCUAUGCCAAAAUUCAAGUGAUGCGCUAUCAGAAGAUAUGAAGCCAGAAUUUCAUCAUUCCUCCUGCCAAAGCUCAGUACAAGAUGAAUCUUCCACCUGUGAAGGCUCAGAACAAGAUGUGCAACAAAAUACUUCAAUUAGUUCAACUUCAUACAAAGAAGAUCCAACCUUAACCUCAUGUUAUCCAAAGGAUCAACAGCAAUCUGAAGACUCUGACUAA